AUGCAGUUCACUAUCAACGCCGCGGCCUUCCUGGCCUUUGUCUCUGCUGCUCUUGCUCAGACUGCCGGUUUCGAUGUUGUCCGAACUCCUACCAAGGAUGAGCUCGUCCCCGCUGGCAAGACUUACAAGGUCACCUGGGACGCUGCUCCCGCCGACUACGAUAAGGAGACCGUCAGUAUCGUCCUCCUUGCUGGCGAGUCUCCCAGCAAGCUCGUCCCUGGCGCCGAGCCUAUUGCUGCCGGCAUCGUAAACUCGGUUGGUUCUUUCGACUGGGCUGUCCCCAGUGACCUCGGUGAUGCUGCCGUCUACGGCCUGCAGAUCCUUCUCGAGUCCGACCCGACCAUCUUCCAGUACUCUUUCCCCUUCCAGAUCGAGGCCGGUAAGGAGGGCCCCAAGGGCAACAGCACCAGCAGCGCUGUUCCCUCUUCCACCAAGAAGCCUAGCUCCAGCACUGCCGCCCCCGAGCCUACCGGUGCUCGCAACUCCACCUCCGCUGGCACUCCUCCUCCUCCUCCCAAGACCACUCUCACCAGCACCGUCGGCGGUGGCAGUUCUCCCACCGGUGGUGCUGAGGUUUCCCCCGUCCCCACCAAUGGUGCCGCUCGCUCCGCUGCUGGUGCCAUCGCCGUCCUCGGCGGUCUUGCUGUCGCUGCUUUCGGCCUCUAA